GAUCUACAUGAAGAAAUAUCUGUCAUGUGCUUUCUUUUUACUUUUUAAACUGUCCUAGUGUCAGCGUCUCCUCACAGUUACAUCACCCCUACAUGUUGUGCCUUAUUUCUCAUUUCCUUUUUUGACCUGCUAGAAACCGGAGCUCCAUUUGCAAAAAAACCAUAAGACUAAAUUAGGGAUGGAAGUUACGACAAGACAGCAAAAUUGUAGGAUCAAAAGUAUCUUCAAGAAUUCGUCCAGUCCUGCUAAUUAGGAAAUCCAUCAGUGCAAUUCUCUGUGUAGAGAAGCCUUUUUCUUAAAAAUAGGAACAGUUUUGACCUGUGAGAAUUCUUUUGGCUUCAACUUGGCCACAUUUGAUUCUGAAACAAAUCCAAUUUAGAGAUUGGUUAAUGAAUGUUGCCCAUACAGACUUUCUAUAAUGAAUGAUCUGCAUGUAAUCUUUGACUUUUUUCCCUGUUUCAUUACAACUCAUAUGUACAAUGGAUUCUUUUUAGACAUCUCAUGGCUACAUAGUUUAAAUCUUAAAUGUAAGAUCCUCUAUUUAUUGUUUUAAUGUUUAUGGUGCAUUUUAAUUGAAUGUUUGUAAGCCACCGUAGAAUCGCUUUGGCAAGAUAGGCGGUGUAUCAGUUUGGUAAAUAAAUACCCUGUUUCCCCCAAAAUAAGACCCAACCAGAAAAUAAGUCCUAGCAUGAUUUUUCAGGAUGCUCGUAAUAUAAGCCCUACCCCCAAAAUAAGCCCAGUUAAGAUUGUCAGCCAGAUGGGUGCAUUUAGUACCGUAUUUUCCCCCAAAAUAAGACCUAACCAGAAAACAAGCCCUAAUGCAUCUUUUGGAGCAAAAAUUAAUAUAAGACCUGGUCUUAUUUUCGGGGAAACACAGUAGUUGUGUUAUUUUCAAGUGUCAUGUAACUGACUUAAGUUGGAAUCAGAUUCUCUAAACUAGGAUUCAGUGAACAAGUUUGGAUUGAAUGAUUGCUUUUAAUGGCUAAAUUAAAUAGGUCUGGAUCCACUAUCAUAUUAAAAAUUAGCAAUUUAUACUGUUUGUGAGAAUCUGCCUUAGUUUUCUUUUUAUUUCCUUAAUGAACUUUUUAAAAAGUUUGUAAUGUAAAGCUCCUAAAAUGUGCAUUUCUUUACAGAUCAAGAACGUGAUUAGAAAUAUAUUGAAAGGAAAAAAAUACAAUAUGCAGCUAUUCCCCAAGGCCGAAUGCCAAAUCCACCUGAAAACUGAUACUGCUUUAAAAGACUGUUUUGUUUUCUGUGAUAAUCUGCCAAUGUUGAUCAAUAAAAUACUUGCAUUCCUUCAACUGACUGUACCCUGUGCUCUGUCCUAUUCUUUUUGUUUCCCUCUCUUAAAAUUUUUUGCUGUCUCUAUAUGGAUGGGCUGAUGUGAUCCACAAACCAUCUCAGGAGCUGGAUGAGCUUGCAGAUGAUCGCAUGGCACUGGUAUCAGGUAUCAGUUUAGAUCCUGAAGCAGCUAUCUGUGUAUCUAAGAGGUUGUCUCCCAAGUGGAUUGAUGGUAUAGAAGAAAUUCGAUAUGAGAUAUCCAGGAUAAAACAGAAGAUGAAAGAACUAGCCAGUUUGCAUGACAAGCAUUUAAACAGACCGACUUUGGAUGAUAGCAGCGAGGAAGAGCAUGCAAUAGAAAUAACCACUCAAGAAAUUACACAGCUAUUUCACAGAUGUCAGAGAGCAGUCCAGGGUUUGCACAGCAAGACUCGGAGCUCUACGGACCAAGAAUGCCGGCUUCUGAAGAACGUUGUGUGUUCCUUAGCUCAGUCUCUGCAGGACCUCUCCAUAAGCUUUAGGCACGGGCAGUCUGACUAUCUCAAACGCAUGAAAAAUCGAGAAGAAAGAUCCAAACAUUUCUUCGGCACCUCAGUCUCUCUCAUGGAUGACGGGGAGGAUACGACACUGUAUGACAGGGGUUUUACAGAUGACCAGUUAGUAUUAGUGGAACAAAACACUAUGUUGGUGGAAGAGCGGGAACGAGAAAUUCGACAAAUUAUACAGUCCAUUACUGAUCUUAAUGAAAUUUUCAGGGAUUUAGGAGCAAUGGUAGUUGAACAGGGUACCGUACUGGAUAGGAUUGACUACAAUGUUGAACAGUCAUGCAUAAAAACAGAAGAAGGAUUGAAACAACUACAUAAAGCCGAGCAUUAUCAAAAGAAGAAUCGGAAGAUGCUCAUCAUUUUAAUUUUGUUUGUCAUAGUUAUUAUCCUUAUCAUUGUCCUUAUUGCUGUAAAAUUCCGCUAGGCGCGAUGUGCCGGUGAUGCUUUCCUUUCUCUCUUGUGUUUGUCUGAGAGGUAGCAACAAAUUUUUGUGUGUUGUGUUUCUCCCGUUUUUGUUCCUGACAGGAAUGGUUGAGCUCUUGAAAGCUGCCUGUUGGAUGAAUGUAGGGGAUCUAAUGGUGCAAAGUCUGUGCAAUGUUCAUACAGAAAACCUCUGUUUUACAUGUUCAGUGAAUAUGGAAGGCAGUUGAUUUGUAAAAGUCAGAAAUGUGCAGAAAUGUCAGAAUUUCCGAGAAAAGCUACCAAAUCAGGCAUUUUGUUUACCCAGGCCAUUGAAAUGCUAGAAUGCAUUUUUAAAAAGUGAUUUAAAACAUUUCGGGAAGUGCUUUUUACUAAACAGGAAUCAUACAGUGCUUUCUACCAUGACUUAGCCUACGGUUAAUUUUAGGGUAAACUGUCCAAAUUAUGAUGUGGACAUCAUUCCCAAAACUAUUACGUUGGAGAUUAUUUUUUUUAAAAAAAAAUGCCUUAAAGAUACAAUAUUUCCUCUUUACCGUCUUCCCCUCCAGAGUUAAUAUUAGUAUGGGUUCACAGAAAUAAAAAAAAAGAUUUCUAAUUUCAUUCUAUUAUUCCAAAAGUGGUGGUUGGCAUUAUCAAUAAUACUCUAGCCUACAGAGAGUAUUAUUGUUUUAAGAUGAUUUUUUUAAGUUUUAAAUAAUCAAGAAUGUGUUUUGAUUAUUUCCACCUCUUCCCACUAUUGAACUGAAAAGCGUUUCUCUGAUCCCUCUUUCUGAAUCUUCCUUCCCAAACCGAAUCUGUUAAUAAUACACAGCAGUAGUUACAUAUUUCAUCUUAUUAUUUUCAGAGCACGAACAGAAAAGGGCAUGGUACAUUUCACACACAGUUUAAAUUGAACUAAUGGCAGCAUCAGGAACUUACAUUUAAAUAAAAUCACUUUUUUUGUCCUCGGCUGCGAGAUCUCAGGAGAAUUUGGAAUCCUGUUCAGAGCAAAUCUUGCUCUGCAUCAGUAUUUCUUAUUUCUCUUAACAUUGUAGGUGGUGCUGCUGAAAAAGAUACAGUUUUCGUGAUUUAAAAAAUCUCAUCUUUUAACGGUAACUUAAAAUUGCUGUGCUAUUUGGGGCCCUUGGUGUUCAAUCCUUUUUUUUUUAAAGUAUUCUGUACUGAAGAAUUUAAAGGUUGUACUUUGCAUCUCUUUUUGCUGUGAUUUAGCAACACACCAGUUGCCAACUGUUUUUUUAACUGCCUUAGAUUGAUCAUGGAAUGAUUGCAAUGCUGCCUGUGUACUUGUUACACCUUGUUUUCUUCCUUUCAUCCAGCUCUUUGCAUCAUUCAGAUUUCUUGUAUCUGAUGACAGAGAAACAGGAAUCAUAGUCCCACCUUGGGUCAUUGGGGGAUUCUGCUUAGAUAACAGUAACAGAGUUGGAAGGGACCUUGGAGGUCAUCUAGUCCAACCCCCUGCUCACACAGGAGACCUGUACUAGAGAUUCGAACUGCUGAUCUUUCUGAUUGACAAGCUCAGUGUCUUAGCCACUUGAGCCACCUAGUCAGGCUAGAUAAAUGAAGAACCCAACAUCUGUAGUUGAAACCUCUUUGACAUAAAAGAGGAUUGCCACAAGAGAAUUGUGUUUUGCUGCUGCUGUGAUUCGGUUAGUGAGAAGGUGAAGAGUAGAGUAGAGUAGAGUAGAAGAGAGAAGAGAAGAGAAGAGAAGAGAAGAGAAGAGAAGAGAAGAGAAGAGAAGAGAAGAGAAUUUUUAUUGGCCAAGUCUGAUUGGACACACAAGGAAUUUGUCUUGGUGCAUACGCUCUCAUAUGCUCUUGGUGAACUCUGCUCAGCUAUUUUGAUUCAUCUCUUAUUUACAUAACCUCUGCAGAAGGCUACUUUAUGCCAUCCGAUAGAGUGGUCCAUUGUUUCCUGGAAGAAUGGAAUUCAAUCUCUUUAUGCAAUCAUCUGCAGCAACUAUCAGUUGUACAGGUAGAUUUGUGAUUUGAACAAGUUCUGGACCAGCCAAAGAACAGUGAAUAACAAGAUACCAGACAGCAUGAGAAAUAAAUAUACUGUACUUUAUGCACAUGCAAAAAUCCAUUUGCUCCUUCGCCGCAUGCAUAAAAUAGACAAAAAUGUGUCACGAGCAAUGGUUGCCAGAGUCUGGUCUGUAUUUUCCAAUUGGAUAACAAAGGCCACUUAUAUUUACUGAAAAUAUUAUUCUGUCACCUAAAGUAGAUACCAAUUACACACUGGACUUCUUUCCUUUCAAAACAUGGAAAAGCUGAGCAUCGGUUAACUUAAGUUUCUCCAUGAUUUGCUCAAAAUAACGAAUUUCAGCAGGCCAUGCUUAACCUCCUUCUGCCAUUUAUUCUGAUCAUUAACAUCUUUAAUCAAUUUUAUUAGGUUUAGUAACGAGAAAAUAUAAACAUUUAAAACUAGUGGCAUGAUUUGGAAAAGGCCAUCUUGGCUCCAGACUAAAUUGAUGCCUGUCAAUGUGUGUAUGUCCUUCCAGUCAAGCUUCAUCCUUGACUGCUCUGUGGAUACUCUGCUGUCACUUCUCUUCAAAAGUAUAUUGCCUUUUCUCUGGAUAAUUUCUAAAUUUCCAAGUGUGGCCUACACCUAGAGAUCCCCCUGCUUAGCUCUGAAAAUAUGCACACGUGUAUAAUUAUUGCAAUCUGUGUAUCACUGUGGGUUUAAUUAAGAUUGGAUUAAUUGGAUACAGAAACAGAUUUUACUUCCUUCUCCCCUCAAAAGAGGACCAGGAAAUAGGGAAUCAUGGAAAAGGAUUGAGCCACGAGAGAAAUGUGUUCUCUAAAGAGGAUGGUAGAUAGAACAAGUUGGAUGUUUGGAAGAAAAAGGUAUUUUGCUGCUAAAAAAAAAUCACUGCUAUUCUACUUACAGAAAAAAAUUAUCUCUUGCAAGAGGAAAAGUUGUUUGUUUUCAUGCCACCUUCCUAACCGUUUGUUGGUUAAUAUAAUUUGGUGGCAUGUUACUGCCACUAAGGUUAUUUGUGAAUACUGUUUUGAAGUUUCAUUUGUAUUUCUGUCUACUGCAAUAUAUUUUUGAAAUUAUCCCCAAUCCAGAGAUUCUCUAAAAUCUUUUUUAAAAUCUUAAAUCAUGAGAACAAAUCAGUGUAAAAUAUGUACAUUCCAAGGGGUGGGUUUUGCAAUUUGGAGAUUCCUUGUGAUCAUUGGUCAUGGUUUCAUGUAGCAUCACUGUACUUUGGGAAGAAUUUUUUUAAAAGUUUAUUUAAAAUUAUUUAUUUAAAAUGCAAUAGUUAAAUAGGUGGGGGAUGGGGGGGUUUCUACGCUGAAGAUUCUUUGUCUGACCCAUUGGUGAAAAACUAAACUGGCUUGUAGUUUAACUGGACCAAAAAAGGUCAGGCAAGAGAUAAGUUAGCAAUUUACAAAAGAAUCGCCAAAGAAUUUAAUCAUUCUUGUCUGCCUGAUUUGGUGCUUUCUCCGUUUUGGUAGAUUCGUUGCAUAAAAUUUACUGGGAUGUUUUCUCUGUACCAACUUCCCCAACCAGCAGUCCUCUAGUAAACUCGGUUUCCAGAAAAACUGCUGGAUGCUUUAUCUCUCAGGCAAUAUUAUUCUUGGUGAGCCUUUUUAUUUCCUAAAUAAAUGGGCUUUCUACAACCUGCCCUCUUUGCAAAACUGGAAAACCAAAGCUGAGAAGUAGUAGCACCCUUUUACCCAAAGAACUGGUUGUUGCAGCCUGAUUUGAACUGAGACUAUUAAUUGGAUGAAAAAGAGAUGUAACUCUGACUUUCUUGUGACCGUUCACUGUUGAAUGAUGCUUGUGGUGUGUUCCAGAAGGUCCUCCCUUUAGCCUGCUUCAGGUUGAAUGUAUUUGGGAUUAAACAGGAUUUAAAGCUACAAAGGAAAUCUACAGCCCGCCAGAGGUUCAGCCCCACCGCUUUGUGUAUUGCUGCCAAACAGCAUUUCAGCAAAACUCCAAACCUUGGUUGGGCGCAGAAUGAAGGCUCUUGAUACAACCCAAUAAAGGAGAAUCAUCCAGAAUGAGAAAUCAUCAGCUGGAUACAUCGCAUAGGGGCUCAAGUAAGACCAACGGAAGUUUCAAGCAAUGAUGGAUUUGCUUUCAAAUCAAAUGUAUUUAUGGUGUAUGUAACGGAAGGGAUCUCUGUUUUUACCCAACAAUGUACAGUCUAUUUUCAUCCAUUUAUGUGGAACUUUGUAAUGUACAAAUAAACUAUUCAACUCUAA